AGUUCGCUUUCUUUUGCGUCCUCUCUUCCGGGGUUGAUCGCGUCGCUUGUGUCGUCAUCGCUGUGCUCUGCGGGGCAAUGGCGGAAUGAUGCCCGAGGAUUGGACGUUUCUGAUUCCUGCCGCAUCUCUGCUGUGUUUCCUCUGCGUGUGUUUUCGCUACAGACGAACAGUUCGCCUGCUGUGGAGAAGGCUGAGGACUGACGUCAUGGCUCGCACGGAGAAGCCGCUGUUCCGGAUCGCGUACGCGCUGUACACCAGCACCAGACUGGGCUACAUGUACUACAAGAGGCAAAUGAGAAAAGCCCGGGAGCAAUACCCUGCUGGACAUUCCACCGCCCACCCCACGGAGCUCAAUGAUAUCAAAAUAAUCCCCAUCCCAGUACUGUCUGACAACUACAGCUAUCUUAUAAUUGACACAGCCUCCAGUGUCGCAGUGGUUGUUGACCCUGCAGACCCUCAGACAGUGCAGGCUGUCCUCGAGGAAGAGGGCGUGAUGUUAGAAGCAAUACUCUGUACACACAAGCAUUGGGAUCACAGUGGGGGAAACAAAGGGUUGAAAAAGCUUCACAGCUCAUGUAGAGUUUAUGGAAACGCAGCUGAUAACAUUCCUGGCCUCACGCACCCUCUCUCACACAAGGACUCUGUAACAGUUGGCCGUAUGCACUUCAAGGCCCUCUUCACUCCUGGACACACAGUGGGUCACAUGAUCUACCUCCUGGAUGGACAAGCAGCCGGCAACCCACCCAGCCUCUUCUCUGGUGACCUGGUGUUCCUCUCAGGAUGUGGAAGGAUGUUUGAAGGCAGCGCGACAACAAUGCUGUCAUCUCUGGACACAGUCAGCGCUUUAAGUGAUGAUACGCUAUUAUGGCCGGGUCAUGAGUAUGCAGAAGACAACCUGCUGUUCGGCGCUGAGGUUGAGCCACACAACACUGCCAGGGAAAACAAAUAUCAGUGGGUGCUGCAGCAGCGAGGCCAGAAGCUGUGCACGAGUCCCUCCACUAUCGGAGAAGAGAAGCUGUACAAUCCCUUCCUGCGCAGCCACUCUGCUGAGCUCCAUCUGGCCCUUGGCCUCCAGCAGCUCCAGGAUGAAGACUGGACCCAGUUCAGGGCUCGGGUGCUGGAAGGGCUGCGGAAACGCAAAGACCUCUUCAUCAGGAGAUAGUGUGAGCGAGAUGUUCACUAAACAGCAGGGAAUACAGCGGCGAGCUCACUGGACAGUGGUACAAAAGCAGCGGUUUGCAGUAAUAAAAACAUUCAAGCUGGGCUCAGAGGUACUGUACAAAAACUUGACUGGUUUUGAACAUUUAAAGGGCCAUAUUUACUAUUUUUUACCUUUAUCAACCUGUAGUUACCCUUUGGAUAAAAUCACACUUUUGUUAUUACAAAUUCCAAGCUCUAAUAAUACUGUUACCUCUCCACAUGCAGUAUAUUGUGGUAAUUUUGUAGUGCUCAGUUAUUGCCUGUUUAACAUUCAGGCAUAAACCAUAGUGUAGUACUGUCUUUAGUAGUAGGUAUAUCCAGAUUUUUCAUUCUGGUGUGUGGAACAUGGGGUGUGAAUACUGCGCACUACAUGAGUACAUAAGGUACUGCAUUAUCUACUACACACUCUGGUUUGUUUUUAGAACGAGUCAUCUAAAUCUCUGGGAAGUUACUGUAUUUGAUUCGCUGGCUUCACAGUCACAUGCUGCCGAAGAGUAAUAACCUUCUAUGUGAAAUAUGUGACGUUUGGACUUGAGUAUUUUGAUUUUAAAAUGUUUUAACAAUUGUUAAAAUAACCACAAGAGGCGUUUCCUGUUUCAAGCACUUUGGUGGACAACAAAAGUCAGAGUCUUCACAGAGCCGAGCAAAGUCAGCAAGUUGAAUCUGGUUUUAAGAAGUGAGACCAGUCGCACCUUUGUUUCAUCAUCACAUUGCCUGCAGCAUUUGCAUUACUACUCACUCAAAGUUCCACCAUUUGCCCAUCCUCUAUCAUUUUUUACCCUUAAUACAGCAUCUGCUAACAUUUGCACAUCAUUUACAAUUACAUGAUUGGUCAUUCCAUUGCUCAUUCCAGCUCACAUCAAUUUAAUAAUUUGAAUAAUAAUAUUAAUAGUAAUGAUUAUUAUUUUACUUGUUAUAUACAUAUAUAUAAUAAAUGGAUACUUUUCGCAGGAUUUCAUCCUCGGUACACACAACAUACCCAGUUUUUAUGCUAACGUAACAUGCAGUUCAGCAAAGCAUGAUGUCAUCACACAAAAAAUGUGCAACGUGUCCGUUCAAACUCCAACAUGUACGUGUCGGUCCUGCGCUUAAGGUUUGAACCCUGACUAAUUAACAAAUAACCAAAUAGUCUUUGGUUUGGGUACUUUUUUAAACGCCAGCAAAAAAUAUAGGACAAAAGUUUGCACCCUAGCAUGUAAUAUGAAUGUGUUUUACUGUAACGAGCCAAUUUAGUUUCAACCUAAAAACAUGUGCUCAAUGUUACUUAAUAACAGUGAAUUUAAUCAUUCACUCUUUGAAACAUGGAUUUAUCUGCUAGUGGGCCAAAGGUGAAACAUAUGUUUUGCAGUCAAGACAUUUGUUGUGCCGCACAGAAAAGACUUUUGAACUAAUUGUACAUUUAGAUUUGUGUUUUUGAAAUGUUUGCAGUGGCACUACAUAAACAGCAACAUACUGAACAGGAAGGUGUUGCAUUGUUGUACUUGUAAAAUGACUGAAUUGUUGAAAGGUUCCUUAACGUUUGAUAAGUUUCUCAUGACUGCCAACAGUUAUGUUGUUUGAUGAUAGUUAAAUUUACAGGCGGAUGUUGAGUCAAGUUCUCUACACUGACUUUUAAUGAGUUUAAGUUCAUGUGUAAUUUUUAAGUUAUUGAUAUUUUAUUAUUCAUUCUUACUUUGACCCUCAAAUGAAGGAAUAUUUUAUAAACCAGUUUGAAAACAAAAAUAAAACAUGUUUUUAAUAUAUUGAAGGUUCGAUUAUACUGUGAGAGUAUAAUGGAGGAAUUAUUAGUUAUUUCAGUGUAAUAAACAAUCUCAUCUGUUGCU